UUAACCAUGCCAGUAUCUAUUAGAGCCCAAGAUGAACUAUGGGCCGACAUCUAUUUUGGAGCCCUGCUUAAAAAGCCCAAAAGGUUGAGCCAGAUUGGACCAAAUGGAGCCUUUCAUAUUAUCGGCUGUUUCAGUCGCCGACGACUCGCCCUGCUAGCUGUGACAUUGUUGUUCUAUCUGCGAUCUGCGGGCGCGACCAGCAUGAGAAGCUAACGGAAGGAGCAGACCACGAAGGUCGACCAGCACUGGUUGCCGCCUGCCGGAGCUAUGGCGACCCGCGGCAGCUCCGACCACAGAGAUGGUAUCGCGGAGGAUCAUGCUCUUGUCGUUGCUGGUGCCAACAAUAUGAAAAUGUUUGGCAUGCCUAGAGACUUAUUUUUGAGAUACGAUAAUAAUAGGCGGAAUGGGGCUGCCAUUGGUGCAUCCACAUCUUCUUUCGCACAGGAAUACGACAACUUUGAGUCCCAGUUGAUAUGCUUUCAUUGCUUUGAGUUAGGAUUGGAUUGUUGGAUGGGUAAUUUCAAAGCAUAUAUAAAGAUUUUUGUUAGGUCCUGCCAUGGUACUUGCCUUCUGAACACCAAUCUGCAGAGUGGCACGGUGGAAACACUUAAAUGCCUGGUAGAGGAACGGGAAGGGAUUCCUGCUAAGGAUCAGUAUUUGAUCUUUGGCGCGAAACCAUUGCGGGACGGUACGUUGCUCAGAGAUUAUGCAAUUCGAGAUGAGUCGACCAUAGAUGUUCUUCCAAGGAUUCGUGGUGGCAGUCGGGAGGACAUGACGUUGGAUGAACUGCUAGUACGCCAGGCGCCCUUGACCAAGGAUGCUGUUGUGAACGAGCUACCGCCUGGGCCAGGAGUGUCGAAUUCAACAAAAGUGCUGGACGAAGCCGGCGUGAGGGUGCUUCGCGGCAUCAUGUCGUGUGUCCUGAAGAACCACAAGGCUAAGCUGGCAUUCCGGGAGAACGAACUCACAGCGGAGAAAUUGCGGGUUUCGGUCGUUACCAACGAACAGGAUGGCGUUCUGUGGGAAACAGCUUCAGUGAAGCUCCAUAACAUCAGUGCAAAAGAGACACUGACGGACGAUACCCAAAAGGAGAACUUGAGACGACUCCGCGAGGUGAUAGAGCGCGUGUUCCGUCGCACAGGCGGCAAUGGGCCUCAGUACCCUUUACAUGUAGAGAGCAUAGACUCAACCCUCGUGACCCUGUCAGCAGAGACGACGACGCCAUUGUCGCCUGCCACCUCUGGCCUGCUGGCGGGACGCACGCAGCUGCUGGAAGCGUUAGCUGCGACGGUGGAUCCCGUCCAAAUGGCAAGCAUGUGGUGGAACCUCAUCAGAUUUCAGGACUCGCUGACUAGAGAACGGCGAACUGUAUUCCGGAAGGCCGUGGAGAGCACAAAACAAACCAAUUGGUCCCAGAAUCUCUCCCAUCAUCCACUCUUCAGCAAUGUGUACAAUUACGAGAAUCCUCCCUCGUAUGACAACUCCGCCGUGGACCUGCUCUUCUUUGCAAGGAAUUGGUUUACGCAUGUGCCGAAACAACAAUGGAAUGACCUGGGAGCACAAGUAUUUCAAGGAUUACCGCAUCUUGACUAUAUUUUUACUCAUCAUUUUAUCCGUUUCCUGCCAAACCUUCUGCUAGGACUUCGUGAAAAAAAAUUCGAUCUUAGAGAAAUCCUUGUUCCUCUAACUUGAAGAUGAUCAUUGGAACUUAGCUGUCGCGGUGAACCAGUGUGCAAAUAUACUUAUUAUCAUCCAAUUCAGCCAAUUCAUGCUAGCAUUUUUGCCUUUUACUAUAUAUCUGUACAAACGUGUCUACCUUCUUUUAUCUAUCUACUAAAUGUACUAGUAUAAGCUACUCUACUAUAUUUAUGACAGUUCCUGAAUUUUUGUGUA